CACCGUCUUGGUUGCAUGUGUGUGGUCAACGUAAACCGGUCAGCGUUUGCAUCGGGGCCAGAGUGUUGGUACUGUGUUUUGAUAGUUUUUUGACAGAACAAAACCGCCACGAAAUCGUCGACACUUUUCCGAUACCUCCUGUUGCCGUGUUGCGUGGCGCAAAAAAAAGCGAGACAUCCUUCUCCUUGUUUGCGUCGAUGGGUGCCUCUGAUUGCGCGGUUCCAAUCGGAGUUGGCUGUGAAACGGCAGUUGUCUUUUGUGAUUGAACAAGUUGUUGCUGUGAGUAAGAGAUUUCGGUGUUACCUUUUUGGUGCUCUCCAGGAAUCAGGGCAGGAAGUUCAAACCUAGAGGCAAGGGGCCGCGAAGUGAAGGUAACGGAACAAAAAUAAAUAAAAAAGAAAUGUCAGGACCCACUUCGUUAGUCGGAGCGGAAGAGGAUGAGCAAACCAAUUACGACACACCGGACGAGACCGGCCUUACGAAAUCGCAGAAGGUGGCCCUGACGGCCGCGUGGAGUAUCGUGAAGAAGGAUUUGGUCACGCACGGACGCAACAUCUUCGUGAUCUUCUUCGAGGAGUACCCGCAGUAUCUGGACUACUUUGAUUUUUCGGCCUCAGAAACGGUGAGCCCGGAUCUGGGCGAAAAUCGUUCCCUCCACGCGCACGCGAUCAAUGUGAUGAACUUCAUCGGCACCCUGAUCGACUACGGGCUGAAGGAUCCGACGUUGAUGAAGUGUAGCCUGGCGAAGCUCGUCCGGAACCAUCGGAGGCGCAACGUGUCGAAGGAGGACGUAGGUGCCGUCGGAGGUGUCAUUAUGCGUUAUUGUUUGAACGCCCUGGAAGAGCAUAAAACGAAGACGCUAGAGGAAGCGUUCGAGGCAUUCCUAGGCACCGUAGCGGCUGCAUUCGAGUGAGACCAAUCGCAGAUGUUCGAACCUGGAGUAAGAUCAUCGUCAGUAUCAUCGUCAGUAUCAUCUUCACUGUCAUCGAUGCCCACCGUUAGCCCAUUGUACACCUAGGUGAUGGCCAACGAGCACUUGUCGUGUUUCCGAGAAGCUAGACUCGGGGCCUAUGCAGCAAUAGUGCAGCCAUUUUCACUCUC